AUAGUCAAAAAAGUCAACGAAACCCAAAGAGUUCCUGAUAAGCAAAACUUUACAAUAGCUUCCUCCACAAUCUUCUUGAAAACAGAACACAUCACAUCCUUUAACUCUCUUUAUAAACCAACAUAACAAUCUCUUAUCCUCUUCAUUCCUAUAAACCCCUAAACACCAAAACCACUCUAAAGCGAUGUCUUCUUGUUCAAGAACGAGAACUAAAGCUCCAAGAUCAGCAAGAAUCCGUGUCUCUUCUUCACCAGCCAAGAUCGUAGCAGAUCUCGACGAUGUCUUGCUCCACAUCCUCUCCUUUCUCCCAAUCAAAACCCUCAUCAAAUGCAAACGCGUAUCAAAACGCUGGCGUUCUCUCAUAACAAACCCGAACUUCUCCAACCGCAUCAUCAGUUCCAAACAUCCCCUCCCAAUCUCAGGCCUUUACUUAAAAGGAACAAGAGACAUUGACUACAGAUUCGUCUCUCUUCUCGACGAUGACGAUGAAGAAGUCAACGAGCAGCGGGUUUCGUUAUCAUCACCGCUUCGGUUCGCAGAUCAUCCAACUCCGAUCAUCGUGAUGCAAUCAACCAACGGUCUUCUCCUCUGCAAAUGCACUUGUCCUCCUAACCAUUUCAACAGAAACUUCUACGUUUACAAUCCCACGACGAACCAGAAGACUCUCCUCCCUCGGAUCAUCGACCACGUGGCGCUCUCUCUAGCUUUCGAUCCUUCUAAAUCUCCUCACUACAAAGUCUUUUGCCUCAGAAAAAGUAGCAUCUCCUCUGUUUCCCCUGUUUCCUCUGUUUUUUACCAUAUAGAGGUUUACACCUCCAACGAAGGACCUUGGAGAAGACUUCUCUCGGUUCCUUCUUUCGCUCUUCCUCAAACCGUUAACACCGUCUUCUGGAACGGUGCAGUUCACUGGUUUUGGUUCGGUCCAAACUCAAGAGUCUGUCUCUCUUUCGAUAUCGAAACAGAGGAAAUCAAGACCCUUCCUCUCCCUUUUCUUGAUCACCAAGACGACGAGGAGGAUCCACCUGAUGUCGGCACCUUGAGGUUCAUAGAAGAAUCAAGAGGAAAUCUUUACUUCAUCGAGGUAAACGAUCUGAGUUCUCCAGACUUAUCUGUCUACGAAAUGAACAGAACCGGCUCAACCUGGUUCUUGAAGUAUCAUGUUGACUUAGAGCCACUUGCGGCAGCUUUUCCGGAGAUGAUCGGAACCGAAUACUACACUAAUAGGAAGAUCUAUUCGUUCUCCGUCAUCGGUUUUGUAAAAGGAGAGACAGAUGCUGAGUCUUCAUACAUAGUCCUUCACAUACCAAACAAGGCUGUUAAGUACUACUUCAUCAGCAAGACUUUCAAGAAGCUUUGCAGCUUCGAGACAUCCGAUGAUGGUGGUGAGAUUUUUUACGGAUUCCGAAGAUCUUUUCAGUUUAUUGAGUCUCUUGCUAACGUCUAGAAGAAUAACUAGAUGUCUUGGAGUUUCCUCAAGACCUGCUUCGUGUUUG